CUCCACUACAGUUCACUGCAAUAUCAACUUUUUUAACCACCGCUGCGCAUAUCACGGCCUGUCUUGGAUAAUAACUAUAUCCGGCUUCUCCUUUCUUUUUUAUUCAAAUGACAUUCAAAUCAUAAAACCUCCCACGAGAUGGUUUCGUCAGCAAAGGGUGCGCGGUUUGCCACCCCACGCAAACCAUCGACCGUGCAAACCUUCACCAAGAAGCCUAACAAACCUGCAAAGCCAAAUGCCAGUAUUCUAAAUUUCUUUCAAAAGACUGCAAAGCCAGAAGAAUCUCUGUUUGUCGGUAGCGUGGAUACUGCCCGGCCAGUUGACAACAAUGACGAUAUAUACGAAAACGAUCAAAACGAGGACGAAGCAUCACCCGUAAAAAAGAGAAAGCUCAGUCAUGACGGGCUACCAGCUUUACCUCUUCUGCAGACGCCGAAUUUCACACAAAACAACACACCAGUUGCAAGCUCCAAAAAGAUGGUUAAUCAACCUUUUAUGAUGGAUUCUGACAGCGAGGACGAGGUUGACGAAGACGAGCCUUCACUCCCAACCAAUCCUCCCCCACCUCCACCGCCAUUGGCGCAAUCCGAAUCAACGAGUAACUCUAUCCCGGUCGCUACCAUAUCGCCGCUAGUGAAAAAAGAGGAGCAACCAGAUACGAAUAGAGAUGCAUUAGGUUCAUUCGAGGAAGAUGACGAUGUUGAUCUGGAUACAUUCGAGGGCGAAGAGAUGCGCGAGCGUCGAUUCAUGCAGGAGCAGGCACGGCUAGAGGCAGAAGAAGCAGGCGAUACCUCGUGGCUACAAGACCAGUUUGGCGAUGAUGGAUACGACGAUGGAUCUAUGACCGAAGCCUGUCCCAUAUGUAACGGAUCACUAGCUGGUGCUUCUCCCGACGAGGCCACACGCCAUGUGAAUGCUUGCUUGGAUGGAAACCCGACACCUCUCCCUGCUGCGUUGAAAGACGAAUCUGAGGAACCGACAGAAGUAGAGGCAUCUGAAGUUGGGAAGCGCUUUAUCAAGGCAGCUAUUCCUCGUCCUGGGCAAGCAAACCCGUUUGAUUUGUCAGGAAACGAGAAAUCUAGCAAGUCUGCAUUCUCUCAGCUCAUGUCCGGCAAUGCAGAAGACAGUGCUUGGGCCACUGCGGCAGCCGCUGAGAAUGCCUCCCGUGGUAGGCCUGCAUAUAUGCGCACCUGUCCGUUUUAUAAAAUCAUGCCCGGAUUCUCAAUAUGCGUGGAUGCUUUUCGCUAUGGUGCAGUCGAAGGAUGCAAGGCAUAUUUCCUCAGCCACUUUCACAGCGACCACUAUAUUGGCCUAACAGCCAACUGGACUCACGGACCUAUCUAUUGCAGCCGAGUCACUGGCAGCUUGGUCAAGAAGCAGCUUAGAACUGCGGAAAAGUUCAUUGUCGAGUUGGAGUUUGACCAGUCCUAUGAUAUACCAGGAACGGACGGUGCAAAGGUGACCAUGAUUCCAGCCAACCAUUGUCCUGGCAGUUCCAUGUUUAUAUUUGAAAAGCCAGUUGGGCCCGGCCCUAGUAAGAAGCUGAAGCGAAUUUUGCACUGCGGCGACUUCAGGGCAUGUCCAGAGCAUGUUCAGCAUCCGUUGUUGAAACCCGAUCUCCCAGAUUUGUCAACUGGCAAGCUACGUCAACAAAGGAUUGAUAUAUGCUAUCUCGAUACAACAUAUUUGAAUCCUCGAUACUCCUUUCCUCCGCAAGACGACGUUAUUCAGGCAACGGCUGAGCUCUGUGCCACGCUAGCUGCUGAUCCUGACAACCAAGACGUAUUAGAUCAAAGCAAGGUUCCUGUGGGCAACGCAACCGUCAGUAAAUACUUUCAAUCAGAUAAGACUGCGGACAAAUCGAGCACGGUGGCUCCAGCCAAAGGCAAACGCCGCCUGCUUGUCAUCUGUGGCACAUAUUCUAUCGGCAAAGAACGCAUCUGCGUUGCCAUUGCAAAAGCUUUGGGUUCGAAAAUCUUUGCCACUCCUGCGAAGAUCAAGAUUUGUAAACAACUUGAUGAUCCUGAAUUGUCAGAGCUGUUAACGUCUGAUCCAACCAAAGCUCAAGUUCACAUGCAAAUGCUGAUGGAAAUUCGAGCCGAAACCCUGCAAGAAUACUUGAACAGCUACAAACCACAUUUCACUCAUAUUGUCGGCUUCCGUCCAAGCGGAUGGAACUUUAGACCGUCGAAUGGUAAGGCCAUUGGCGCGAAUUCGGUACCUUCCACAAUAUCUACACAACAGAUCCUGCAUACCAAAGCCUGGAGAACACGAUUCAAAACGCAAGACUUUGUAGCCCAGAGAGGCAGUACCAAGGAAGCUAUGUGCUUUGGAGUCCCGUAUUCAGAACACAGCAGUUUCCGCGAGCUUGCCAUGUUCCUAAUGUGCCUUCGUAUUGACAAGGUCAUCCCAACUGUCAACGUUGGCAGCGAACAGUCUCGCAAAAGGAUGAAGGCGUGGAUUGAUAAGUGGAUGUCAGAUAGACGAAAAGGAGGAUUGGUCACGCCGCUUAUCGAAGGUGACGAUGAAGAGAACCCCAAAACUGUCAUGUGGGAUGGCAAGAGUGGGAAUGGAGGCAAUGCGUGGUGGUAGCACGCUCUUCAAUUAUGUAGAAUUACGUAUUCCUGUAUACUAUAUCACGAACAUAGCCACGAAAUUUGAAACGAUUUUACUUC